UCCUGUGCAGCUGUUGCUGGACAAACACUUGAAUAGUUCAUAUAUAUCCUUCACUACAGGAAGCAUCAGAAUGACACCGCAAACUCCAAUAGUCUUAGACACCAAUGACGCUUCACAAGCAUUGGGGAUAUCACAGCAGACAUUUAAAGGAGAUGGUGAAUUGGCAGGAACUGGGCAUCAAUCAUUAUGUACAGAGAGUAAUUUAGUCAUCAAACAAGAGGACAUUUAUGACUUAUCUAGUGAAAUGAUUCUCCCCGAGGAUAAACCAGACACAUUUACUGCAUUUUCAAAAUAUUUCAAAAAAGGGAACAGUCUUAAGUCUAGCCAAAUGAAUCAUACAAAUAACAAAGCAUUCAAAUGUACAGAAUGUGAGAAAAGCUUCACAUGUAAUUUGCAUCUCCUUGAACACCACACAGUUCACACAGUUGUGAAACCUCACAGGUGUACAGAAUGUGGGAGAUGUUUCACAUCUAAAGGAAGCCUUAUGUAUCACAAAAAGACCCACACAGGAGAGAAACCUUUCACGUGUAAUGAGUGUGGGAGAUGUUUCACAUCCAAGGUAAAUCUCAUAUCUCAUGAAAAGACCCACACAGGGGAGAAACCAUUCAUAUGUACUAAGUGUGGAAAACAUUUUACUCAUAAGAGAAGUCUGAAAAUUCAUGGAAGGAGUCACACAGGGGAAAAACCUGUCACAUGUAGAGAGUGUGGAAAAUGGUUUACAGAAAAGAGUAUUCUGAAAAUUCAUGAAAGGAUUCACACAGGGGAAAAGCCUUUCACAUGUACAGAGUGUGGAAAAUGUUUUACACAAAAGAGUCAUCUGAAAACUCACGAAAGGAUUCACACAGGGGCAAAGCCUUUCACAUGUACAGAGUGUGGAAAAAGUUUUACAGAAAAGGGUACUCUGAAAACUCAUGAAAGGAUUCACACAGGAGGAAACCCUUUCACGUGUACAGAGUGUGGAAAACGUUUUACACAAAAGAGUCAUCUGAAAAGGCAUGAAAGAAUACACACAGGAGAAAAGCCUUUCACAUGUACAGAGUGUGGAAAAUGUUUUACACAAAUAAAUAGUCUGAGAACUCAUGAAAGGAUUCACACAGGAGAAAAGCCUUUCACAUGUACAGAGUGUGGAAAAUGUUUUACACAAAUAAAUAGUCUGAGAACUCAUGAAAGGAUUCACACAGGUGAAAAGCCUUUCACAUGUACAGAGUGUGGAAAAAGGUUUACACGAAUGGAUAAUCUAAAAACUCAUAAAAAGAUUCACACAGGAGAAAAGCAUUUAAAGUGCUUAGAACGUGAAAAAAAGGUAUCCCAUUCCAGUCAGGUAUCACAAAACACCAAAUAUUUACUCACAAAAUAAACUUUAUAUGCACAGUGUGGAAACCUUUUAAAAAUUAUCAUAAACAGGACAAAUUCUCUAAAUAGAAGAGCAAAAAGGAUGUUAUUGUAAAUAAUACUUUAUAAUUCCCAAUUACAAAAUCUCCAUAUUAGAA